AAGGGAACAAUAUAUCAUGUUGAUAUGGAGAGACCUUUCAGUACAAUGCCAUUUAUUAAUUAUGAAUCCAAAGGACCAAAAUAUUAAGUCCUUGAUCUACAUGUAGGGACCUACAGUAUACUCAGGAGAGGUUUUUCAAAUAGUGUGAGAAUGCAAGCAUUGAAAGGGUGGACCUCAGGCGAGACCGCGUAGAUUAUCCAAAACAAAAUGGAAGUGCUGGGUGUUCUGAUUCUCAUGGCUGGGUUUGAAGCCAGUGCAGCAACAAUCUGCUCGGCUGGAUGGUACCGAUAUGGCAAUGCCUGCUACUUUGUGACAAAAGAAAAACUGGCCUGGCCUAGGGCAAAUGAUACCUGUGCUGCUUCUCAUGCAAGCCUUGCAGUUCCCAACUCAUUGGAAGAACAGACAUUUAUAAGGGAAUUACUCCAACGGGAGUUUCAUCCUUAUGGUCCUGUGGAUGGAGCCUGGAUUGGCUGCAAUGACAUCGACAAGGAAGGUGAUUGGCAGAACUGUCCUCUGAGAGGUGAUGGGACCAACGCGUACCAGAACUGGGGGGAAGGAAAGCCUGACAAUCGGCACAGCGGAGCUGAUUGUGCAUUGAUGGGCAAUUGGGGGAAUGGCAAAUGGGGGAACCAGUUAUGCAUCAAUCUCAAAUAUGCAACAUGUGAGCUUGCUAUCAUCGACUACGACCCUCUGUUCUGCCUUCAGAUCGGCUCCAAUGGUCGCAUCACCUCCCCGUGCCUCACUGAUAAUCACAUCUUGAUGGAGUUACAGGCUCAGGGUCUGGUGUCUUGUGGCAAGGCCUGCCUCUCUCAUCCCAAAUGUAGCUCCUUCAAUCUGAAGGACCAAGGCCAGGGCAAGAUGGUGUGCCAGCUGAAUGACCUUGCCCUUCAAAAUGCAGCUGAUGAAGAUGUGGUGGAAAUUGAGAACUGCUACGGCCUGAAUCUGUAGAAACUGUUUGCAUGAGGGAAAAUCUGUUGAUGCAAUGCUCUGCCGUACAGUGAAUGUGGCUGACAUUUCAAAGAUGAAUACAAAAGGCAGUCGUAGAUUACAUUUUCAUCACUGAGAGUGAAUGACUAUUUUGUGGGAGACUUGUUAUGAACUGCUAAGAUUUUAGAAGGAUUUACAAUAUAAUAUCAGGAACACUCGCGAUAUAGUCUACAAGUACAAAAUAUAUUUAUUAGUGAAUGUAGUGACUGGUAUAAAAACAUUAACAGUACUUUUUGCCUAGUAAUUUCAACUGUUUUUGUUGUUUAGAUGAUAAGCUUUUGAUUGGCUGAAAUAUAUUGAUUCAAAUUUGGCAGAACCCUGCAGAAGAAAAUAACUAUUUCAGAUUCAUUUGUUGCAAUAAUUCUACCUAUUUAAUUAAUGCACUAAAUGCAUUUACAAUUGUCUGUAAAUAGUUAACUUUUCCAGUUUAUAGGGGAAAGCAAAUAUGUGGUUAUUAUUUUGUUUGUAAUAUAAUUCUAAAACACCAAAUGACAU